AUGAAUAACAACGAAGGUCAUCGUCCAUCGCAACUUUUUGCGAUGGACGUUCCCGACGAAGGUGUUUUAGAUGUGGAUUUACUCCCUGACGAUGGAUCAGACGAUGAAGGUGAAGCGCCGCCGUCGUCUGAUUUUUAUGCUGGACCGGGGUCAACCCCGACAUCAUGUGCAUCAUCUCCACGUGGAGAAGAGCCUGCUUCUCCACAUGGUGCUGUGGCACAACCAGCCUUUUUUCAUCAUCAACCUUAUAGUAGGCCAUUCUUUUCCUCUGGGCGUAGAGGUCCAGGCAGGCCAAGGAAAGAGGGUGCUAAGUUAGCCCGUGAAGGCAAGAUUGUAAGAAGGUAUAGAGGAAAUCCAGGCUCUUUAAGAGGUGCAAAAAGGCACCGAAGUAGUCGGGAUGAUGCUCUCGAUGAAAUUAUGGAUGAAGAUGACUUUACAAUGCCAGCACCAGAAGAGCCACCUUAUAUGCCUGAAAAAUGGCCUGGCAAAGUUUGUGCACUUUGUAAUCUAAGUGAGAAAAGCCAACUAGGGCAGGGAGAAAUGAGGCAAAUAACUUGUAACAUUGAAGAGGGUGAUGGAAGUUCAACACCAACUGUAACUAAUUCUGGAGGCACAACUCCCACAAGUGUCUCAACACCAAGCACACCAGCAUUACCCAUGCUUCAUGGCCUAUCAUCUCCACCUCCAGAGCCUGUGGACCCUAUGCAACAACAUUUAGUUCUACCACUGAGUAGGAGACAGAAGGCUUUUAAUAAAUGCAAGACACCGCUAUAUAAUAUGGAGCACACUGAUGAACUCUCUAUUAUUGGAUACUCAGAAAUUCUUGAACUUACAGCAGUUGUUUUUUCUGGAUGUAUGUAUGUCCAUCGUUGCUGUCUAGAAUUUAGCCCACCAUUUCAGGAACAGGUUGCGGCAGCUUCUAAUUCUGAUGAAGAUAAAAGUCAAUUGGAGGAAGCCAGAGUUAAAGGCAUUGUAACCAAUGCCUUGUCAAGAAAAUGUGCAUUUUGUCAAAAACACGGUGCCAGCAUUCCAUGUAAGAUGAGCUGCAGCAAAUACUUUCAUUUGCCGUGUGUCCUUGCAUCGGGAGGGUUUAUGGAUUUUCAUACGAAGUCUUCUUUCUGUAAAGAUCAUUUAUAUCAAGUGCCACUUGUGUGUACUGCGGACAUUGACUGCCGAACUUGCAGAACUAUUGGCGAUAUUUCCAACCUUAUGACAUGCGUAACUUGCGGCGGUCAUUUCCACGGCACGUGUGUUGGCCUGGCACAGUUGCCUGGCGUGCGCGCGGGGUGGGCGUGUCGCGCGUGCCGCGUGUGCCAAGUGUGCCGCGGGCGCACGCCGGCCGGCGACGCGGCCGCGCAGCCCGAUGCGCGGGCCGUCGCCUGCGAGCACUGCGACAAGCUCUACCACGCCGCGUGCCUGCGCCCCGUCAUGGCCACCGUGCCCAAGUACGGCUGGAAGUGCAAGUGCUGCCGCGUGUGCUCGGACUGCGGCGCAAGGUCGCCGGGCGCGGGCCCGUCGUCGCGCUGGCACGCGCACUACACUGUGUGCGACUCGUGCUACCAGCAGCGCAACAAGGGCUCCUUCUGCCCGCUGUGCCGCCGCGCCUACCGCGCCGCCGCCUACCGCGACAUGAUCCGCUGCACCGCCUGCCGGAGGUACUGCUCUAUACAUGUGUACCCACACUUGUACUACCCGACUGACUACACGGUGUGCGGCUCGUGCUACCAGCAGCGCAACGAGGGCUCCUUCUGCCCGCUGUGCCGCCGCGCCUACCGCGCCGCCGCCUACCGCGACAUGAUCCGCUGCACCGCCUGCCGGAGGUACUGCUCUAUACAUGUGUACCCACACUUGUACUACCCGACUGACUACACGGUGUGCGGCUCGUGCUACCUGCAGCGCAACGAGGGCUCCUUCUGCCCGCUGUGCCGCCGCGCCUACCGCGCCGCCGCCUACCGCGACAUGAUCCGCUGCACCGCCUGCCGGAGGUACUGCUCUUACAUGUGUACCCACACUUGUUCUACCCGACUGACUACACGGUGUGCGGCUCGUGCUACCAGCAGCGCAACGAGGGCUCCUUCUGCCCGCUGUGCCGCCGCGCCUACCGCGCCGCCGCCUACCGCGACAUGA